AUGGGCACUCCUGCUGCGAACCAGAGAAAGAAAGUCACCAUUGGUUCCCUACGCAGUCUGUACAAGAAGCGCGAGCCAAUUACAGUCAUCACAGCCCACGACUUCCCAAGCGCCCACGUUGCUGAUCAUGCCGGCAUGGAUAUCAUCCUGGUCGGCGACAGCCUGGCCAUGGUUGCGCUUGGCAUGGAAGACACGAGCGAGGUUGUGGUUGAGGAAAUGCUGCUUCAUUGCCGCUCGGUUGCAAGGGCUACCAAAUCCGCCUUCACUAACCACCAGGUUGGCGAUUUGCCUAUGGGCAGCUAUGAGAUUGCCCCGGAACAGGCCUUGGAGACGGCCAUCCGCUUUGUCAAGGAGGGCCGAGUCCAAGGUGUCAAACUCGAGGGCGGCAAAGAGAUGGCCCCCACCAUUCGGAAGAUCACAUCUGCGGGUAUUCCUGUCCUUGGCCAUGUGGGAUUGACACCGCAACGGCAGAACUCCUUGGGAGGUUUCAGAGUCCAGGGCAAAACAUCCAACGGCGCUCUCAAGCUCCUCGAGGAUGCACUGGCUGUGCAAGAAGCUGGCGCAUUUGCUAUGGUCGUUGAAGCUGUCCCAGCCGAAGUGGCCGCACUCAUCACGGAGAAGCUGUCGAUCCCCACUAUUGGCAUCGGCGCAGGCAACGGUUGCUCGGGCCAGGUCUUGGUGCAAGUCGACAUGACCGGAAACUUCCCUCCCGGCCGCUUCUUGCCCAAGUUUGUCAAAAAGUACGGCGAUGUCUGGGGCGAGAGUCUCAAGGCCAUCGAGACCUACCGCGAUGAGGUGAAGAGCCGACAGUACCCUGCGCCGGAGCAUACAUACCCUAUUUCCAAGGAGGAGCUCGAGGCGUUCUCCAACACUCUGGAGAAGUUGUGA